AUGUGGGCACAUCCGCAUAAAAAUCGUGUCAGACCGGCGCGCGUUAAUCUUAAAGGCAACAAAUCCUCUGAAACCGUUACAAUCAGCCACCUGUUACCGUCUCUCUCGCGCAUCGAAGAACGAAGAAAGACAGAGAGAAGAAAGACUGAAGACUUACCAGCAGUCUCCCCUGUAAUACAAGAAAAGAUAGACAACCUCCUAAGCAAACCAUCCAUAGCUGAAAAAAGAGCCAAAAGCAAAGAAUUAGACAAGCUUAGGGAAGAAAAUAAGCAACUCUUAUCCCUGGUAGAGACUCUUACCAGCCAAUUGGCUAAUCAAUCGACCCAGAUCCAAGGCCUCCAACACCAACUUGAAGUCCUAACUGAUGUAAUAAACAGAGACAGGAAUAUACCUACGAUCAUCACUCCUCAAGACAUUCCUACCAUGGUUACUCCAUUGACCAAAGAAAUGGAAGAACUGGAAGAAAUGGACGAUACAGAGUCCAUCUCCACACUGACUCGUGCAGACCAUGAUAAUGAAGUUGUCAUAACCUCCCCAACAAUGAAAGGUAACACCAAGACUGCUGAACAAUUUCCGGCCUUGGAGUCUCCAACUCUGACAAACUCUGCCAAGAGGAAAAGAUCCUCAAAAGAUUCUCCAAGUCCUGGCCCGUCAGCAUUUUUAACCGGGUAUAAACCUCCUAGCUGCCCGACUCCUCAAGAUCAACCCCAAGCUCCUAAGAUAUCAGGUCCAAGCUCUACACAAACAGCUGGAAAUGACAAGGUACAAACCGUAAAGCCAUUAAGCGCGAAAAUCCCCCCAAUUGUGUUUCGCAAAAAGGAGAGAUGGACCAUGAUAUCUAAAGAAAUAAAUGCAAACAAAUGGGGCUUCACUAAAGCGACCAACACAGCCGAGGGUAUAAAAUUCUUCCCGUCCACCAUUGAGAGCUACAGAAAGAUUUCAGCCUUCCUCUCACAGAACAAAGAGGAAUUCCACACUUACAUGUUACCAGAGAACAAACUACUACAAGUAGUCAUUCGUGGAAUUCCCUCUGAAAUCGACAUCAAGGAGGUGGAAGAAGAACUGAAGUCCCUCGGCUACACUCUGUCGGGCAUCACCAGGAUGAAAAAAGAUUCAAUCGGCAAAAGUGCCUUAUUCUUUGUUUUUAACCUAGACUAG